AUGAGCACCGGCCCCUCCGAUGCACCCGGGAACCGAAGCACCGUGCGGGGGUCACCGAGGGGCCGCCAGGGCUGUCACCGGGUGAGGCGGGGGCUGCCCAGCCCGGGGUGCCCGCCGCGCCGGGGCCGCGGUCCCCGGCCCGCGGAAGGCGCUGCUCGCUUGGGCAUCCUCGGUCCCGGGGGCACCGGCACCGGGACGCCCUGCGGCUCGGGGGUCACGCGGGGCCGGGCCGCCUACCUGGGUCAAGGUCGCGGCGGUCCCGUCCCCCCGAGCGCUCAUUGGCUGGGCCGCGAGUGGGGCGGGGCCGGGGCGCGUGGGAACCGGGAACCGGGACAGGCGGUACCGGGACACCCGCACCGGGACACGCGGCACCGGGACACGCGGCACCGGGACACCCGGCACCGGGACAGGCGGUACCGGGACACCCGGCACCGGGACACCCGGCACCGGGACACCCGGCACCGGGACAGACGGCACCGGGACACCCGCACCGGGACACCCGGCAGCGGGACAGGCGCGGGGCGCGGCUGCCUCCGGGGGCGGGGUACGGGACCCCCUCCGUCCCACGGGGCUGGGGGCCGGCUGAGCCCCAGAGCCGCCAGCAGCCGGGCUGGGUGCGGGCACAGGGACCCCACACGGGGAUGGAGGGACCCCCGGAACCGGAGCCUGGACCCCACACAGGGACAGAGCAACCCCCGGUCCCUCUGUGCCCCCAGCCGCCCUGGCACCCCCCGGAGCUGGAGCCUGGACCCCGCCGGGGACUGGCACUACCGCUGGCUCAGCCUCAUGGUGCUGCCCAUCCUUUACAACUGGGUCGUCCUCAUCCUCAGGUGCUGCUUCCCCGAGGUGCAGGAGGCACACGCGGGGCUGUGGCGGGCCCUGGACGGGCUCAGCGACACGCUGUACCUGCUGGACAUCGGCGUGCGCCUCCACACAGGUUUCCUGGAGGACGGCAUCCUGGUGCGGGAUGUCAGCCGGGCGCGGCGGCGCUACCUGGGCUCCUGGACCUUCCCCUGGGAUGUGAUGGCCGUGCUGCCCACCGAGCUGCUCUGUCUGCUCCCGGGGGUCCCGAGGGUGCCCGGGGUGCCGGCAGCCCGUGCCAACCGCUGCCUGCGGGUGCCGCGGCUCCUCGAGGCCUUCGACCGGUGCGAGACGCGCACGGCCUGGCCCAACGCGUUCCGCAUGGCCAAGCUGAUGCUGUACCUGCUGCUGGGCAUCCACUGGCACGGCUGCCUCUACUUCGCGCUGUCGGCACGCCUGGGGCUGGGCGCUGACCCCUGGGUCUGCCCCGCCUUCCCGCGACUGCUGCGCCGCUACCUGCACAGCUUCUACUUCUCCACGCUGGUCCUGGCCAUGGUGGGCGACACGCCGGAGCCGCGGCGCGAGGAGGAGCUCCUCUUCCUCACCGCCGGCUUCCUCCUGGCCGUGCUGGUCUUCGCCACCAUCACUGGCAGCAUCAGCACCGUCAUCGUCAACCUCAGCUCGGCCGCCAGCGCCUUCUACCCCGACGCGGGCCCGGUGCGGCGGUUCCUGCGGGCGCGGGGCGUGGGCAGGCGGCUGGCGGGGCGGGCCGAGGUGGCGGCCGGCGUGCACAUGGCGGCCCUGCGGCGCGUGGGGCUGUUCCGCGGCUGGCAGCCCGGCGUGCUGCGGCAGCUGGUGCUGCGCCUGCGCCCGCAGGUCUUCGGGCCCGGCGAGUUCGUGUGCCGGCGCGGGGACGUGGGCCGCGAGAUGUACUUCAUCCGCGAGGGCCGCCUGGCCGUGGUGGCCGAGGACGGCGUCACGCAGCUGGCCGUGCUGGGCGAGGGGCUCUACUUCGGGGAGAUCAGCCUCAUCGACAUCAAGGGCAACGCGGCGGGGAACCGGCGCACGGCCAACAUCCUGAGCAUCGGCUACUCGGACCUCUUCUGCCUGGGCAAGGAGGACCUGGCGGAGGUGCUGGCCGAGUUCCCCCGCGCCCGCGCUGCCAUGGAGGCCAGAGGCCGGGAGCUGCUGCUCCGCAUGGGCCAGCUCGACACCGCCGCGGAGGCGGCCGGGGCGGCGGCGGAGCGGCGGCUGCGGGGGCUGGAGCGGGCCCUGGAGGGGCUCCAGACGCGGGCAGCCCGGCUGCUGGCACAGCUGGAGGCCGGGGCCCUGCGCAUGGCCCUGCGCGUCCGGCGCCUCGAGGGACGGCUGCAGCUGCGGGACGGGGCGGUGCGGGACAGGGCAGUGAGGACACACCGGGCAGCAGGAGCGGCCUCUCCGCAGCAGCCUGCCGGGCCACAGGGUCCCACCGGGGGACAGGGCCCCCCCAGAGUGCAAGUUUCCAAGGCACAGGCUGUCCUCAGGGCGCAGGGUGCCCCCGGGGCACAGGGUCCUGCCCAGGACCCAGGUUCUGCAGGAGGACGGGGUCCCCCUGGGGUGCAGGGCCCCUCCAAGGCACAGGGUCCCCACAGGGCACAGGGUCCCAGCGCCAUGCAAGGUGCUCCCAAAGCACAGGACAGCCCCACAGUGCAGGGGCCCCUCAGGGCACGGGGUCCUCGUGGCGUGUACGGCCCCAGGGGGGCACCGGCUCCCCUCAAGGCGCAUGGUCCCAGGGCAGAGGGUCCCCUCAGGGCACAGGGGCAGAUGGGGCCGCGAGGUCCCAGUGGCAUGUAUGGUCCCAGCAGGGCACAGGCUCUCCCCAGGGCACAGGGUCCCUCUGGGUCACAGAGAUCCAGAGGGGCGCAUGAUGCCCCCGGGGCUCAGGGGGUCGGGGUCCCACGAGGGGUGGAGGUGCCGCGGGACUAGUGCCGCGGUGCUGAGGGGUGACCUGGGGGGGUACACCGCAGCCACCACUGCUGUCGGGUGACACCGACAGCUGCUGCUGCGGGACCGGGACCGGGAUGGGACCGGGUCAGGGUCACGGAGUUUGGGAGCGGUGAGCAGCUCGGGACCCCCAGCCCCGCCGGGGCAGCCGCAGGGACGCGGUGACAGACACCGCGGUGGUGGCCGUCGUCCCGUCGCCCGGUGCUCAAGAGCGCUCCCCCCCAAGCUGCCCGACCCGCCCGGGAUUAGGGGUGAAGCCCACGCCCCGGUACUCCUCGAGCCCCGCUGCCGGUACUCUCCAUGGCCCCGCCCGGCCCCCACCGCC